AAGAGAAGGCGCAAGAGCGCGAGAGUCUCCUCCUCUUCCUCAGCAUCUCCGCUGACAAGUGUGACAGCGUCAAACUCGCAGAGGGCAACGUCAGGGCGAGACGUGUUGUCAAGAGUUACCCCCCUUCCCCUCCCGCCGAGGCGCGCCAUGGACCGGAGGCUCAACUUGAGCGGCGACAUCUUCCACAAAACUCUGAGCGCCGUGUCGAGCAAGAAGAUGCACAAUCCGUACCGGGGUGGCGCGGAGCUGCCGACCCGCGAGCGCCAAUCUUCACCGGGCAUGGGCUGCUUCGAACGUGGCGACGCGGACCCCAUGCAGCCGGGAGGACUGGCCGGGGUGCGGGCGGCGGCUCUGGGUUUGCCCACCGGCUCGCUGUGCGUCAAGUACGGCGAGAACGCGUCCGCGGCCGCAGCGGCGGCGGAGAGCAGCGGGGGCGAGCAGAGUCCGGACGACGACAGCGACGGCCGCUCAUGCAGCGACAUGCUGUUGCUGGCCGACCGCAAGAGUAAACCAGAGGGCGGCAAGAAGAGCAAAGAGCAGAAGAUGUUGCGGCUCAACAUCAACGCCCGCGAGCGGAGGCGCAUGCACGACCUGAACGACGCGCUGGACGAGCUCCGCGGCGUCAUCCCUUACGCGCACAGCCCGUCCGUGCGUAAACUCUCCAAGAUCGCCACUCUGCUACUGGCCAAGAACUACAUCCUCAUGCAGGCGCAGGCGCUGGAGGAGAUGCGCCGGCUGGUGGCCUACCUCAACCAGGGCCAGGCCAUCUCCGCGGCGGCCAUCCCGGGCACUACCGCGUUGGCAGCGCCACCCGGCCUUGGCACCUACGAGCCGCCACCUCCGCCGCCACCCGGCUACCCCUCCUUCCCCUCCAGUGCAGCCGGGUUGGCCGCCGCGGCAGCUGCCGCAGCUACGUCCUCCUGCCCCAACAAGUGCGCCCUUUUCAACACGGCCGCGUCCAGUCUCUGCAAACAGUGCACUGACAAGCCUUAACCCGGCCCGGACAAAGGUUAGAGACUCCAUACCGACACUUUUCUAAUACUUACAGUCAAUACUUGAUCGUGUACAUAAAGUCGUCCUUUAAGUGCUGGCGUGAAUGACUACAUCGGACCUCUACGUGGAGAUGUUUUUUUUUUUUUUUGUCGCCGGGACCUGACAACUUUUUACCCCACUUUUGAGGGGGAUCGAACCUGCAGCUUCCCCCUUUUUGAAAUUUUGUUUACUCUGUGGAAUGUUACAAUUCAGUCUGAUGUUUAUGUUUAUU